AUGGAGCGCAAUGCAUCGACUUCCUACCCUUCUCCUCCUCCACCUCACCCUGAUAGCCCACCUCCACCAUACAGCGAAUUGACCCCAGUUACCCAUCGAUCAGUCACCCCCUCAUCCCCUCUCUACCGCCAGUUCCCUCCACAGUACAGUUUCCAACCACCCCGUCCAUUAUCUCCACAAGAUACACCAACCUCAAGGUCACCAUCAAUUUUCGAGCCAUCCCGACCCAGUACACCACCCUCCCCAUCAAUGAUACCAUCCUCUAGAGCAAGAAGCCGAAUGUCCUGCAUCAGCGACCUUACUCCAUCAUCCUCAUCAUCAUCCUUAAAUAUGGUUCCUCCAACACCACCACUAAUGAUGGAUGUUAGAUGUGUAUCGCAAGCACAGAGGCGUGCACUGAUCUGGCUGAAAGCGAACCUCAACCUUGUACCCAACUAUUUCCAACGCUUGCUGGACGAUAGUGAUAGCGACGAAGAAGAUCCUACAGAUCAUAGAAAUCGCUAUAUCGCCAUCUGUCCUGUCUGA